ACAAUAACAAAAUCGAAAACAUCAAUCAUUCACGAGGAACUAAAUAUUAAAAUUAUAUAUAACUAAACAUGUAAAACAUAUAUUUGUAUGUGUAAAAUUGAAGAAUCAUUGUAUAGUUUGCGUGGAUCAAAAUUGCGCAGAUCAAAAUUGCGUUAUUUCAUUAUUUUGAAAGCUAGAGAAUAUUAUAAUUUUAAACGAGGCCUAGGGUUGGGCUUGGUCUUGGCGUUGGCCUUUUUAGCAUUCGAUUGUUCUUACGGAAAAACACCACACCGUUGUUCGCGUUAAAAUUCAACAUUGGAAAUUGCAACUUUAGUACCAACUUGAUUGACUAAAGUCGGUAGGUAAACUAUGUCUUUUCAGUCCUUGUAUAUAGUAUAUAAGUUUCAAAUAAGAUUUUCUGAAAAUUCUCUUUUAAGUUUCAAAUAAGAUUUUAAUUUGCAACAUAGUAUAUAACAUGUAGUUUACGUCACCCCCAUUAAUAUUCAAAUACGGUGAAAAUUGAUGAUAAUUGUUACAAAUACAUUAACAUGUCAAUGAUUUUAAUUCAAUUUUCUGAAGAAAAAAAAUAACUUGUUUCUGUAUAAGGUCUUUUUUCUUUUUAAAGGGUUUUCUGUAUAAUGAUGCACAUUGUUAAAAUAAUCAAAUUAUUUCAUAAAAUAUAUAAAUUAUUUCAAACUUAAAUCAAUGGGAUAAUUAAAGUGGCAUAUAUCUUUUAUAUAUGAAUAUGUCUUUUACAUACAUAUAUAUGAGAUUUUUAAAAUUAAUCAUUAAUUUUAUUAAACUAAAGAAUAAUUAAAACAUAAGAUUAAGAUGAUGUACUCGUAGAAUUCAGAACGGUCAUCAAUCAUAUACAUGCACUAGUAUAUGUCACUAUAGUUUAUAUUACGAUAAUAACAAUAGCAGUUGCACAAAUGAAGUCAUGCACAGGGUUGAUGUUAGAUUAAUUUCACCACCAAAGUAAUAAAACCGAUUAUUCAAUGUAGUAAGAGAUUUUAAUCAUUAAUGUAUAAUUUAGAAAUGAAAGGGAAAGAAACAUGGGGACUUGGGAGAAGAGAAAAGUGAUAAUCAUGUGAAAGAGAGUCAUACGAGUUAAAACAAGCAAACUUUGUUUUGUUCCUCUUUUUUCCUUUUCGUUACUCUCUUUUCAUCUUUUUCAUUGUUCUUCCCUUUCUUUUGUGAUUUAAACCUUUAUUUUCAAAAAAUUAUAUGCUUCUUUUUGGAAUGAAUUUAAUUAGGGUUUAUAAAAGGGAGAAAUCUACCUUGGGUUUCAGUUAAAAGAAGAGCAUAUAGAGAGCGUGUGGGAUGUUAAAGAUAACCAUUUCAAAGUUUUCACCUUUCUAUUCUUCUUCUACUUCUUUUACAUUCUUCUUCACGUGAUGGAUAUUUUAGUUAGUUUACGUUUCGAUAAGACAUUCAAUGGAGUCUUUCAUAUAAAAAUCACAUUAUUUCAAAACGAAUUAGAACAUUUUCUAUUUUCUUAGAAUUGCGUAGGGGUCUUUUUUUUUUAAUAAGGAAUAUUUUGUUUUGUUAUAACUUAACUGAUUUGAUAGACUUAACUGCCAUUACUAAAUAUUUUUAUUAGCACAAAUAAAAGAACCAUAGUUUCGUUAAACUAUGCACUAGUUAAUUAUAUUUUUGAAAAUUCUCAUUUAAUUAUUGGAGUUUAUUGGUUUUAGGAAAGAAGAAAAUAAAAAGAGGAAUGAAAAGCGAAGAUAAAAGGUGGAAUGUAAAUAAAGAAUAGAACAGUAAAAUGGUAUCGACACACAAAUAAAGAAUUUACUUUUUCCUCCAAAGAAAACAAAAGAAUACAAAAAAAGAACAAAAAAAGCCUUAUUUACCAUUUACCACUUUUGAUUUUAUUUGUUUUUCAGUUUUUUUUCCCUUAUUUUCUCUGUCCAUUUUCUUUACGAUUUGCUUCUCUUCUCCUUUCUUAACCUAAGUUCCGCUAGCCCCCCAUGUCCACACAAACACAUUCUCUCUCCUCUCUCUCUCACACACUCACUCAAGUGUCAUUUUCUUACAUAUACUUCACACAAAAGAAACAACCAUUCACUACAUACUGCCUUGUCAUUGUUAUUCUCUCUCUAUAUCUCAAAAAUCUCUGCAAAAAUAACUUAACCUCAAACAAUAUAAACAACAUUCUCAACAAAACCCAGAAAUCCCAUCCUCAUUUCCCUUUUUUUCUACCCUACCCACAAUAAAAAAAAAAGUGUUUUUGUCUUUGCAUCCUGAUUCAAGAAAACAAGAACUAGGGUUCAUCAUAUCUCUGGAAACCGACUGAAGAAUCUCUUAAAGAAAACGAGAAGUAAAGCUCUCUUCCAUGGAGCUUUUUCCUGCUCAGCCUGACUUAUCCUUACAAAUAAGUCCUCCAAACAGCCAACCAUCAUCGACGUGGCAGAGAAGAAGACCAACAACAGAUCAAGAAGAUCAUGAGGAGCUCGACUUAGGGUUUUGGAGAAGAGCUCUUGAUUCAAGAACAUCUUCUCUCGUAUCUAAUUCCAGCUCAAAAACAACCAAUAAUCAUCAUCAUCCACUAGAAGAUCUCUCACUCUCUAACAACUCUCAUCGUCAUCAUCAACAAAUCUUCACCUCUUUCCAGUUUCCGACACAACAACAACAACACUUGCAAGGUUUUCUUGCUCAUGACCUUAAUACUCACUUAAGACCCAUAAGAGGAAUCCCUCUAUACCAAAACCCUCCUCCACAUCAUCAUCACCGGCCUCCUCCGUGUUUCCCUUUCGAUCCGUCAUCUCUAAUUCCCUCUUCUUCGCCGACUCCCACCGGAAUCAACAACAAUAGCUUUGGUACCAGUAGAGUUAACCCUAAUCACCACAAUCAUCAUCAGACUCUAAACAGAGCGAGAUUCAUGCCGAGGUUCCCAGCUAAACGAAGCAUGAGAGCUCCUCGGAUGCGAUGGACAACCACUCUUCAUGCCCGUUUCGUUCACGCCGUUGAAUUACUCGGUGGCCAUGAAAGAGCAACACCAAAAUCUGUUCUUGAGCUUAUGGAUGUCAAAGAUCUCACAUUGGCUCAUGUUAAGUCCCAUUUACAGAUGUAUCGAACAGUGAAGACAACCGACAAAGCAGCAGCGUCGUCAGGACAAUCUGAUGUCUAUGAAAAUGGAUCUUCAGGAGAUAAUAACUCAGACGAUUGGAUGUUCGAUAUGAAUAGAAAAUCUAGAGAUACCGAUGAAUUGACGAAUCCGUUAGAGAAAUCAAACGGUCGAUGGACCAAUUCUUCCGGAGAGGCACGUUUGCAUGGGAAGCUAAUCGAUAAUGUUGCAGAAAUUAUUCUACCUUCUGAGAAUGAAAUAGAUGGAAAGUCUUCAAGUUAUGAGAGGAUGUCAUCGGAAGACAUGAGCUCAUCAAACAUCUCUGGAACCAGCCCCUUCAAGCCUAAUCUUGAAUUUACUUUGGGUUGAUCUCACUAAAUUUAUUGUGGUAGCUAGCUAGUAGUUAAUUAGUAUUAAUCUUCUGUUUUGGCUAAUGACUAGUCUCGAUAUACAUUUCAGUUGAAUAAGUGAUGUUUUAAGCUUAAAUCUCAAUAUCCUCUCGGAAGUUGUAAAACGAUGUUCUGUUCCCUCUCUACUGAGAAGAGCUAGUGAAAGAAUCGAAUACUAAAGGCACAAUAAAUGUUAUGUUUCUUUUGUUGAA